UUGGAAGAAUCUACGAUGGUUGGUGGUGUUGACUGGUAAAAUAAUUGCACAUUAUUAAUGAAGUGAUAAAUGAGAAGGGUGGUGGCAGAGCUUUGAACAGCUUUAGUACUCAUUGGAGACAUCUAUUGAUGGCAGAGAAGGCUGUGAAAUACUGUGUGGUGGACGCGUUUACUGAGUCAGCGUUCAAGGGGAACCCUGCAGCUGUGUGUUUCUUAGAAGAUGAAAGGGACGAUGAUUGGUUGCAAGCUGUAGCUGCUGAGUUCAAUGUCUCUCAGACCAGUUACUUAACUCGCAUCAAUGAGUCUAAACAAACUUCAAUUCCCCGUUUUCAUCUCAGAUGGUUUACUCCUGUUUCUGAGGUUAAACUUUGUGGGCAUGCCACAUUAGCUGCUGCCCACUCACUAUUUUCAUCUGGUUUGGUGGAUACUAAUGUAAUUGAAUUUGUGACUCUAUCCGGAGUGCUAACUGCCAAAAAGAUUCCAGAGAUCAAUAUCACUGGUGUCUCAAACUUGCCAAACGGUGAAGCUCGGGAUGAGUUUUAUAUUGAAUUGGAUUUUCCUGUUGAUCCUGUUACAGAAUUCAGCUUUGAUGUGACUUCACAAAUUUCUGAGGCAUUGAACGGUGCUUCCAUAAUUGAUAUAAAGAGGACACAAAUUGGAGAUGACUUAAUUGUUGAAGUCACAUCCGGAGGAGUAGUGGCAGAACUACAGCCACAAAUUGAUGCAAUAGCUAAAUGUCCUCGAAGGGGGAUGAUUGUUACGGGGAUUGCUCCUCCAGGCUCGGGAUUUGACAUCUAUAGUCGAUUCUUCUGCCCCAAAAUAGGAAUUAAUGAGGAUCCUGUUUGUGGGAGUGCACAUUGUGCAUUGGCAUCAUAUUGGAGCAAGAAACUGGGGAAGUGUGAUUUGAAUGCUUAUCAGGCAUCAGGCAGAGGGGGAGUUCUCAAAAUUCAUAUUGAUGAACAGACCCAAAGAGUGCUUCUGCGUGGUAAGGCUGUUACUGUGAUGGAAGGCUGUAUUCUGGUCUAGUGACAAUAAUUGUUAUUCAAGUGUUACCAUACUUGAAUAAACCUCUCAGCAUUCUGUGUUUGAUACACUAAAAUAAAACAUGGGUAUGCAGUAUAAUACCCAUACCCAUACUUAAUUUUAUACUGUUAUUAUUUUAAUUAUACUUCUAAAAGUAAUUUUUAUUGAUA